CAACACCUUGGACAAUAUCACAGACCAACCCAACCAUGGCGCCACAAAUAUCAGAAGAUGAGAUCGAUGAUCUAGUUUACUUUGCCCGAGUCGGAGAAACCGGCGAUAUGACGGAGCUUUUGACGAGUUUGGCUGAGCGCGAGAAGGUUGCGCCAGCAGUGAUUCUCAUGGCCGCCAAGGACAAUGGCCAAUCCACGGCCCUGCACAUGGCUACCGGAAACGGACACUUGGAGACUGUCCGCAAGAUUGUUGGUUGCUUCGAUGAGCGACCAAAGGAGGAGAAGCAGGCUUUCUUGGAUGAACCCAAUGAGCAUGGAAACACUGGCCUGCACUGGGCUGCCCUUGGUGGACACCUUGAGACUGUCAAGUUCUUGGUUGACAAUGGCGCAUCGCCCGCCCUGGCCAACGAGCACGACUUUGUGGCUCUUGAUAUGGCUAACCAGAACGACAAGAAAGAAGUCGCGCAAUACUUUCUUUCCUUCUUGCCCAAGCUUGAGAAUGAGAACACAGAGAAUGGCCUUGGAGAUGCCACCGCUUCUAUUCAGAUUGAGGACACUACUGAAGACGCUGAAGAGCCCUCCGGCAGCUCAUAACUGGGGGAAAGUGGUUAUUAUUCGGAUGAACAUCAUGGUUGGAACUUAUUAAAAAACUCAAAAUGGCGUCUAUUCUCGCCUUGCAUGGCAUUCUAGAGCUGUUUCGAGGUCGUCGCACCUUGAAAAGAUUUGGGCUCGGGGGGAUGCUUAUCCCACGUUGGUUUCAUAUUAUGCAAGGCACGGGAGAACUGGUAUUUGAUUUAGCUUUUUAAAUUUGUGGUUUAGCCUAUAGAACAAAGACUUUUAUUACUUC